AUGACACUGCGAAGGAGAUUGAUCGAAUUGCAAUGGUUUCUUCGCAUGAGGUUGGGUCGUUUUAUCAUCAUUGGACUGGGUUUGUUUCUCGUAAUCUUUAUGAUUACACAAUUUCAAGAUCGCCACAAGGUUAUAUUCUCCGGAAAAGACGUAUCUGCUGACGUUCCUCUUCCUGAGGCUUGGAAAUCUGACGAAUUGGCCGGGAACGUCGACCCAGACACCGUUUUUGCUGGUGACAAGCUUGGAAAUUAUGAACCGAAGACUCCUGAAGUACCAUCUAAUCAGCCAGGUUGAUA